AUGCCCAGAGGACAUAAGAGUAAGGUUCGUGCUCGAGAGAAGCGCCGCCAGAUCCAAGAUGAGGCCCAGGGGUUCAAGGAUGCUCAAGCAAAGGCAGAAGAGAAAGAAGAGGCAUCCUCCCCCUCUGCUUUUGAUUCUGGAGAUGCUGUUGCAAGCACCUCUACUGCUUGCCUGCCUCCCAAGUGCAAACCUCAGGGUGAGGCAUCUACAAUCACUGCUGGGAAACGUGUGGCCCGCAAAAGAUCUGGUAAAGGUGCCAAAGGCCGAAGGGAGCAAAGUCCUAGUUGCUCUAAGGCCCCACACUCCGCUGAGAGCCCCCAGAGUGAUCUUCUAUCAAGGAAGACGGGAAUGCUGAUGCAGUACCUGCUCUGCAAGUACAAGAUGAAACAGCCAAUGAAUAAGGGAGAAAUGCUGAAAAUUGUCAACAAAAGAUUCAAGGAGCAGUUUCCUGACAUCCUCAAGAAGGCCUCUGAGCGCAUCCAGCUGGUUUUUGGUCUUGAAGUGAAGCAAAUCAAGCCCAACAGUAGCUACUACACCCUUGUCAGCAAGUUAGAUCCUGGCCAGGAUAGGGCUCUGACCACUGGCUUGCCUUUUCCCCAGAAUGGGCUGCUGAUGCCUUUGCUGGGUGUGAUCUUCUUGAAUGGUAACCGUGCCUCUGAGGCAGAGAUCUGGGAAUUCCUGAAUAUUUUAGGAAUUUAUGAUGGGAAGGCACACAUUAUCUUUGGGGAGCCCCGAAAGCUCGUUACCAAAGAUUUGGUUAAGGAAAAAUACCUGGAAUAUCGUAAGGUACCUGGUAGUGAUCCUCCAUCCUAUGAGUUCCUGUGGGGUCCCCGAGCCCGUGCUGAAACUACCAAGAUGAAAGUUCUGGAGUUUUUAGCCAAGGUCAAUGAGACCGUUCCUCAGGCUUUCCCAUCUCAUUAUGAAGAGGCUUUGAGAGAUCAGGAAGAGAGAGCCCAAGCUGAAGCUGUAGGGGGGCAUGGCACUACUGCCAAAGGCAAGGCAGAGUUUGAAGUUGCACCUGGUGACGACUAG